AUGUCCUUUGCCCUUCCCCUCUCAUCUCCUCGUUUUCCCCAUUGUCCUUUGCCCUUCCCCUCUCAUCUCCUCGUUUUCCCCUUGUCCUUUGCCCUUCCCCUCUCAUCUCCUCGUUUUCCCCUUGUCCUUUGCCCUUCCCCUCUCAUCUCCUCGUUUUCCCCUUGUCCUUUGCCCUUCCCCUCUCAUCUCCUCGUUUUCCCCUUGUCCUUUGCCCUUCCCCUCUCAUCUCCUCGUUUUCCCCUUGUCCUUUGCCCUUCCCCUCUCAUCUCCUCGUUUUCCCCUUGUCCUUUGCCCUUCCCCUCUCAUCUCCUCGUUUUCCCCUUGUCCUUUGCCCUUCCCCUCUCAUCUCCUCGUUUUCCCCUUGUCCUUUGCCCUUCCCCUCUCAUCUCCUCGUUUUCCCCUUGUCCUUUGCCCUUCCCCUCUCAUCUCCUCGUUUUCCCCUUGUCCUUUGCCCUUCCCCUCUCAUCUCCUCGUUUUCCCCUUGUCCUUUGCCCUUCCCCUCUCAUCUCCUCGUUUUCCCCUUGUCCUUUGCCCUUCCCCUCUCAUCUCCUCGUUUUCCCCUUGUCCUUUGCCCUUCCCCUCUCAUCUCCUCGUUUUCCCCUUGUCCUUUGCCCUUCCCCUCUCAUCUCCUCGUUUUCCCCUUGUCCUUUGCCCUUCCCCUCUCAUCUCCUCGUUUUCCCCUUGUCCUUUGCCCUUCCCCUCUCAUCUCCUCGUUUUCCCCUUGUCCUUUGCCCUUCCCCUCUCAUCUCCUCGUUUUCCCCUUGUCCUUUGCCCUUCCCCUCUCAUCUCCUCGUUUUCCCCAUUGUCCUUUGCCCUUCCCCUCUCAUCUCCUCGUUUUCCCCAUGUCCUUUGCCCUUCCCUCUCAUCUCCUCGUUUUCCCCUUGUCCUUUGCCCUUCCCCUCUCAUCUCCUCGUUUUCCCCAUGUCCUUUGCCCUUCCCCUCUCAUCUCCUCGUUUUCCCCUUGUCCUUUGCCCUUCCCCUCUCAUCUCCUCGUUUUCCCCUUGUCCUUUGCCCUUCCCCUCUCAUCUCCUCGUUUUCCCAUUGUCCUUUGCCCUUCCCCUCUCAUCUCCUCGUUUUCCCCUUGUCCUUUGCCCUUCCCCUCUCAUCUCCUCGUUUUCCCCUUGUCCUUUGCCCUUCCCCUCUCAUCUCCUCGUUUUCCCCUUGUCCUUUGCCCUUCCCCUCUCAUCUCCUCGUUUUCCCCAUGUCCUUUGCCCUUCCCCUCUCAUCUCCUCGUUUUCCCCAUGUCCUUUGCCCUUCCCCUCUCAUCUCCUCGUUUUCCCCAUGUCCUUUGCCCUUCCCCUCUCAUCUCCUCGUUUUCCCCCUUGUCCUUUGCCCUUCCCCUCUCAUCUCCUCGUUUUCCCCUUGUCCUUUGCCCUUCCCCUCUCAUCUCCUCGUUUUCCCCUUGUCCUUUGCCCUUCCCCUCUCAUCUCCUCGUUUUCCCCUUGUCCUUUGCCCUUCCCCUCUCAUCUCCUCGUUUUCCCCUUGUCCUUUGCCCUUCCCCUCUCAUCUCCUCGUUUUCCCCUUGUCCUUUGCCCUUCCCCUCUCAUCUCCUCGUUUUCCCCUUGUCCUUUGCCCUUCCCCUCUCAUCUCCUCGUUUUCCCCAUGUCCUUUGCCCUUCCCCUCUCAUCUCCUCGUUUUCCCCCAUGUCCUUUGCCCUUCCCCUCUCAUCUCCUCGUUUUCCCCAUGUCCUUUGCCCUUCCCCUCUCAUCUCCUCGUUUUCCCCAUGUCCUUUGCCCUUCCCCUCUCAUCUCCUCGUUUUCCCCUUGUCCUUUGCCCUUCCCCUCUCAUCUCCUCGUUUUCCCCCUUGUCCUUUGCCCUUCCCCUCUCAUCUCCUCGUUUUCCCCUUGUCCUUUGCCCUUCCCCUCUCAUCUCCUCGUUUUCCCCUUGUCCUUUGCCCUUCCCCUCUCAUCUCCUCGUUUUCCCCUUGUCCUUUGCCCUUCCCCUCUCAUCUCCUCGUUUUCCCCAUGUCCUUUGCCCUUCCCCUCUCAUCUCCUCGUUUUCCCCAUGUCCUUUGCCCUUCCCCUCUCAUCUCCUCGUUUUCCCCUUGUCCUUUGCCCUUCCCCUCUCAUCUCCUCGUUUUCCCCAUGUCCUUUGCCCUUCCCCUCUCAUCUCCUCGUUUUCCCCUUGUCCUUUGCCCUUCCCCUCUCAUCUCCUCGUUUUCCCCUUGUCCUUUGCCCUUCCCCUCUCAUCUCCUCGUUUUCCCCUUGUCCUUUGCCCUUCCCCUCUCAUCUCCUCGUUUUCCCCUUGUCCUUUGCCCUUCCCCUCUCAUCUCCUCGUUUUUCCCCUUGUCCUUUGCCCUUCCCCUCUCAUCUCCUCGUUUUCCCCUUGUCCUUUGCCCUUCCCCUCUCAUCUCCUCGUUUUCCCCCUUGUCCUUUGCCCUUCCCCUCUCAUCUCCUCGUUUUCCCCUUGUCCUUUGCCCUUCCCCUCUCAUCUCCUCGUUUUCCCCUUGUCCUUUGCCCUUCCCCUCUCAUCUCCUCGUUUUCCCAUUGUCCUUUGCCCUUCCCCUCUCAUCUCCUCGUUUUCCCCAUGUCCUUUGCCCUUCCCCUCUCAUCUCCUCGUUUUCCCAUGUCCUUUGCCCUUCCCCUCUCAUCUCCUCGUUUUCCCCAUGUCCUUUGCCCUUCCCCUCUCAUCUCCUCGUUUUCCCCUUGUCCUUUGCCCUUCCCCUCUCAUCUCCUCGUUUUCCCCUUGUCCUUUGCCCUUCCCCUCUCAUCUCCUCGUUUUCCCCCUUGUCCUUUGCCCUUCCCCUCUCAUCUCCUCGUUUUCCCCUUGUCCUUUGCCCUUCCCCUCUCAUCUCCUCGUUUUCCCCUUGUCCUUUGCCCUUCCCCUCUCAUCUCCUCGUUUUCCCCAUGUCCUUUGCCCUUCCCCUCUCAUCUCCUCGUUUUCCCCUUGUCCUUUGCCCUUCCCCUCUCAUCUCCUCGUUUUCCCCUUGUCCUUUGCCCUUCCCCUCUCAUCUCCUCGUUUUCCCCUUGUCCUUUGCCCUUCCCCUCUCAUCUCCUCGUUUUCCCCAUGUCCUUUGCCCUUCCCUCUUCAUCUCCUCGUUUUCCCCAUGUCCUUUGCCCUUCCCCUCUCAUCUCCUCGUUUUCCCCAUGUCCUUUGCCCUUCCCCUCUCAUCUCCUCGUUUUCCCCAUGUCCUUUGCCCUUCCCCUCUCAUCUCCUCGUUUUCCCCUUGUCCUUUGCCCUUCCCCUCUCAUCUCCUCGUUUUCCCCUUGUCCUUUGCCCUUCCCCUCUCAUCUCCUCGUUUUCCCCUUGUCCUUUGCCCUUCCCCUCUCAUCUCCUCGUUUUCCCCUUGUCCUUUGCCCUUCCCCUCUCAUCUCCUCGUUUUCCCCUUGUCCUUUGCCCUUCCCCUCUCAUCUCCUCGUUUUCCCCUUGUCCUUUGCCCUUCCCCUCUCAUCUCCUCGUUUUUCCCCCUUGUCCUUUGCCCUUCCCCUCUCAUCUCCUCGUUUUCCCCAUGUCCUUUGCCCUUCCCCUCUCAUCUCCUCGUUUUCCCCAUGUCCUUUGCCCUUCCCCUCUCAUCUCCUCGUUUUCCCCAUGUCCUUUGCCCUUCCCCUCUCAUCUCCUCGUUUUCCCCUUGUCCUUUGCCCUUCCCCUCUCAUCUCCUCGUUUUCCCCAUGUCCUUUGCCCUUCCCCUCUCAUCUCCUCGUUUUCCCCUUGUCCUUUGCCCUUCCCCUCUCAUCUCCUCGUUUUCCCCCUUGUCCUUUGCCCUUCCCCUCUCAUCUCCUCGUUUUCCCCUUGUCCUUUGCCCUUCCCCUCUCAUCUCCUCGUUUUCCCCAUGUCCUUUGCCCUUCCCCUCUCAUCUCCUCGUUUUCCCCAUGUCCUUUGCCCUUCCCCUCUCAUCUCCUCGUUUUCCCCAUGUCCUUUGCCCUUCCCCUCUCAUCUCCUCGUUUUCCCCAUUGUCCUUUGCCCUUCCCCUCUCAUCUCCUCGUUUUCCCCUUGUCCUUUGCCCUUCCCCUCUCAUCUCCUCGUUUUCCCCUUGUCCUUUGCCCUUCCCCUCUCAUCUCCUCGUUUUCCCCUUGUCCUUUGCCCUUCCCCUCUCAUCUCCUCGUUUUCCCCUUGUCCUUUGCCCUUCCCCUCUCAUCUCCUCGUUUUCCCCUUGUCCUUUGCCCUUCCCCUCUCAUCUCCUCGUUUUCCCCUUGUCCUUUGCCCUUCCCCUCUCAUCUCCUCGUUUUCCCCUUGUCCUUUGCCCUUCCCCUCUCAUCUCCUCGUUUUCCCCUUGUCCUUUGCCCUUCCCCUCUCAUCUCCUCGUUUUCCCCUUGUCCUUUGCCCUUCCCCUCUCAUCUCCUCGUUUUCCCCUUGUCCUUUGCCCUUCCCCUCUCAUCUCCUCGUUUUCCCCUUGUCCUUUGCCCUUCCCCUCUCAUCUCCUCGUUUUCCCCAUGUCCUUUGCCCUUCCCCUCUCAUCUCCUCGUUUUCCCCUUGUCCUUUGCCCUUCCCCUCUCAUCUCCUCGUUUUCCCCUGUCCUUUGCCCUUCCCCUCUCAUCUCCUCGUUUUCCCCUUGUCCUUUGCCCUUCCCCUCUCAUCUCCUCGUUUUCCCCUUGUCCUUUGCCCUUCCCCUCUCAUCUCCUCGUUUUCCCCUUGUCCUUUGCCCUUCCCCUCUCAUCUCCUCGUUUUCCCCUUGUCCUUUGCCCUUCCCCUCUCAUCUCCUCGUUUUCCCCUUGUCCUUUGCCCUUCCCCUCUCAUCUCCUCGUUUUCCCCUUGUCCUUUGCCCUUCCCCUCUCAUCUCCUCGUUUUCCCCUGUCCUUUGCCCUUCCCCUCUCAUCUCCUCGUUUUCCCCAUGUCCUUUGCCCUUCCCCUCUCAUCUCCUCGUUUUCCCCAUGUCCUUUGCCCUUCCCCUCUCAUCUCCUCGUUUUCCCCAUGUCCUUUGCCCUUCCCCUCUCAUCUCCUCGUUUUCCCCUUGUCCUUUGCCCUUCCCCUCUCAUCUCCUCGUUUUCCCCUUGUCCUUUGCCCUUCCCCUCUCAUCUCCUCGUUUUCCCCUUGUCCUUUGCCCUUCCCCUCUCAUCUCCUCGUUUUCCCCUUGUCCUUUGCCCUUCCCCUCUCAUCUCCUCGUUUUCCCCUUGUCCUUUGCCCUUCCCCUCUCAUCUCCUCGUUUUCCCCUUGUCCUUUGCCUUCCCCUCUCAUCUCCUCGUUUUCCCCUUGUCCUUUGCCCUUCCCCUCUCAUCUCCUCGUUUUCCCCAUGUCCUUUGCCCUUCCCCUCUCAUCUCCUCGUUUUCCCCAUUGUCCUUUGCCCUUCCCCUCUCAUCUCCUCGUUUUCCCCUUGUCCUUUGCCCUUCCCCUCUCAUCUCCUCGUUUUCCCCAUGUCCUUUGCCCUUCCCCUCUCAUCUCCUCGUUUUCCCCUUGUCCUUUGCCCUUCCCCUCUCAUCUCCUCGUUUUCCCCCAUGUCCUUUGCCCUUCCCCUCUCAUCUCCUCGUUUUCCCCAUGUCCUUUGCCCUUCCCCUCUCAUCUCCUCGUUUUCCCCAUGUCCUUUGCCCUUCCCCUCUCAUCUCCUCGUUUUCCCCUUGUCCUUUGCCCUUCCCCUCUCAUCUCCUCGUUUUCCCCUUGUCCUUUGCCCUUCCCCUCUCAUCUCCUCGUUUUCCCCUUGUCCUUUGCCCUUCCCCUCUCAUCUCCUCGUUUUCCCCUUGUCCUUUGCCCUUCCCUCUCAUCUCCUCGUUUUCCCCUUGUCCUUUGCCCUUCCGCUCUCAUCUCCUCGUUUUCCCCUUGUCCUUUGCCCUUCCCCUCUCAUCUCCUCGUUUUCCCCUUGUCCUUUGCCCUUCCCCUCUCAUCUCCUCGUUUUCCCCUUGUCCUUUGCCUUUCCCCUCUCAUCUCCUCGUUUUCCCCUUGUCCUUUGCCCUUCCCCUCUCAUCUCCUCGUUUUCCCCUUGUCCUUUGCCCUUCCCCUCUCAUCUCCUCGUUUUCCCCUUGUCCUUUGCCCUUCCCCUCUCAUCUCCUCGUUUUCCCCUUGUCCUUUGCCCUUCCCCUCUCAUCUCCUCGUUUUCCCCUUGUCCUUUGCCCUUCCCCUCUCAUCUCCUCGUUUUCCCCAUGUCCUUUGCCCUUCCCCUCUCAUCUCCUCGUUUUCCCCUUGUCCUUUGCCCUUCCCCUCUCAUCUCCUCGUUUUCCCCUUGUCCUUUGCCCUUCCCCUCUCAUCUCCUCGUUUUCCCCUUGUCCUUUGCCCUUCCCCUCUCAUCUCCUCGUUUUCCCCUUGUCCUUUGCCCUUCCCCUCUCAUCUCCUCGUUUUCCCCUUGUCCUUUGCCCUUCCCCUCUCAUCUCCUCGUUUUCCCCUUGUCCUUUGCCCUUCCCCUCUCAUCUCCUCGUUUUCCCCUUGUCCUUUGCCCUUCCCUCUCAUCUCCUCGUUUUCCCCUUGUCCUUUGCCCUUCCCCUCUCAUCUCCUCGUUUUCCCCUUGUCCUUUGCCCUUCCCCUCUCAUCUCCUCGUUUUCCCCUUGUCCUUUGCCCUUCCCCUCUCAUCUCCUCGUUUUCCCCUUGUCCUUUGCCCUUCCCCUCUCAUCUCCUCGUUUUCCCCUUGUCCUUUGCCCUUCCCCUCUCAUCUCCUCGUUUUCCCCUUGUCCUUUGCCCUUCCCCUCUCAUCUCCUCGUUUUCCCCUUGUCCUUUGCCCUUCCCCUCUCAUCUCCUCGUUUUCCCCUUGUCCUUUGCCCUUCCCCUCUCAUCUCCUCGUUUUCCCCUUGUCCUUUGCCCUUCCCCUCUCAUCUCCUCGUUUUCCCCAUGUCCUUUGCCCUUCCCCUCUCAUCUCCUCGUUUUCCCCAUGUCCUUUGCCCUUCCCCUCUCAUCUCCUCGUUUUCCCCAUGUCCUUUGCCCUUCCCCUCUCAUCUCCUCGUUUUCCCCAUGUCCUUUGCCCUUCCCCUCUCAUCUCCUCGUUUUCCCCUUGUCCUUUGCCCUUCCCCUCUCAUCUCCUCGUUUUCCCCAUGUCCUUUGCCCUUCCCCUCUCAUCUCCUCGUUUUCCCCUUGUCCUUUGCCCUUCCCCUCUCAUCUCCUCGUUUUCCCCUUGUCCUUUGCCCUUCCCCUCUCAUCUCCUCGUUUUCCCCUUGUCCUUUGCCCUUCCCCUCUCAUCUCCUCGUUUUCCCCUUGUCCUUUGCCCUUCCCCUCUCAUCUCCUCGUUUUCCCCUUGUCCUUUGCCCUUCCCCUCUCAUCUCCUCGUUUUCCCUGUCCUUUGCCCUUCCCCUCUCAUCUCCUCGUUUUCCCCAUGUCCUUUGCCCUUCCCCUCUCAUCUCCUCGUUUUCCCCAUGUCCUUUGCCCUUCCCCUCUCAUCUCCUCGUUUUCCCCAUGUCCUUUGCCCUUCCCCUCUCAUCUCCUCGUUUUCCCCAUUGUCCUUUGCCCUUCCCCUCUCAUCUCCUCGUUUUCCCCUUGUCCUUUGCCCUUCCCCUCUCAUCUCCUCGUUUUCCCCUUGUCCUUUGCCCUUCCCCUCUCAUCUCCUCGUUUUCCCCUUGUCCUUUGCCCUUCCCCUCUCAUCUCCUCGUUUUCCCCUUGUCCUUUGCCCUUCCCCUCUCAUCUCCUCGUUUUCCCCAUGUCCUUUGCCCUUCCCCUCUCAAUCUCCUCGUUUUCCCCUUGUCCUUUGCCCUUCCCCUCUCAUCUCCUCGUUUUCCCCUUGUCCUUUGCCCUUCCCCUCUCAUCUCCUCGUUUUCCCCUUGUCCUUUGCCCUUCCCCUCUCAUCUCCUCGUUUUCCCCAUGUCCUUUGCCCUUCCCCUCUCAUCUCCUCGUUUUCCCCAUGUCCUUUGCCCUUCCCCUCUCAUCUCCUCGUUUUCCCCAUGUCCUUUGCCCUUCCCCUCUCAUCUCCUCGUUUUCCCCUUGUCCUUUGCCCUUCCCCUCUCAUCUCCUCGUUUUCCCCUUGUCCUUUGCCCUUCCCCUCUCAUCUCCUCGUUUUCCCCCUUGUCCUUUGCCCUUCCCCUCUCAUCUCCUCGUUUUCCCCUUGUCCUUUGCCCUUCCCCUCUCAUCUCCUCGUUUUCCCCCUUGUCCUUUGCCCUUCCCCUCUCAUCUCCUCGUUUUCCCCUUGUCCUUUGCCCUUCCCCUCUCAUCUCCUCGUUUUCCCCUUGUCCUUUGCCCUUCCCCUCUCAUCUCCUCGUUUUCCCCUUGUCCUUUGCCCUUCCCCUCUCAUCUCCUCGUUUUCCCCCUUGUCCUUUGCCCUUCCCCUCUCAUCUCCUCGUUUUCCCCAUGUCCUUUGCCCUUCCCCUCUCAUCUCCUCGUUUUCCCCUUGUCCUUUGCCCUUCCCCUCUCAUCUCCUCGUUUUCCCCAUGUCCUUUGCCCUUCCCCUCUCAUCUCCUCGUUUUCCCCUUGUCCUUUGCCCUUCCCCUCUCAUCUCCUCGUUUUCCCCUUGUCCUUUGCCCUUCCCCUCUCAUCUCCUCGUUUUCCCCUUGUCCUUUGCCCUUCCCCUCUCAUCUCCUCGUUUUCCCCCUUGUCCUUUGCCCUUCCCCUCUCAUCUCCUCGUUUUCCCCAUUGUCCUUUGCCCUUCCCCUCUCAUCUCCUCGUUUUCCCCUUGUCCUUUGCCCUUCCCCUCUCAUCUCCUCGUUUUCCCCUUGUCCUUUGCCCUUCCCCUCUCAUCUCCUCGUUUUCCCCUUGUCCUUUGCCCUUCCCCUCUCAUCUCCUCGUUUUCCCCUUGUCCUUUGCCCUUCCCCUCUCAUCUCCUCGUUUUCCCCUUGUCCUUUGCCCUUCCCCUCUCAUCUCCUCGUUUUCCCCAUGUCCUUUGCCCUUCCCCUCUCAUCUCCUCGUUUUCCCCAUGUCCUUUGCCCUUCCCCUCUCAUCUCCUCGUUUUCCCCAUGUCCUUUGCCCUUCCCCUCUCAUCUCCUCGUUUUCCCCAUGUCCUUUGCCCUUCCCCUCUCAUCUCCUCGUUUUCCCCAUUGUCCUUUGCCCUUCCCCUCUCAUCUCCUCGUUUUCCCCUUGUCCUUUGCCCUUCCCCUCUCAUCUCCUCGUUUUCCCCUUGUCCUUUGCCCUUCCCCUCUCAUCUCCUCGUUUUCCCCUUGUCCUUUGCCCUUCCCCUCUCAUCUCCUCGUUUUCCCCUUGUCCUUUGCCCUUCCCCUCUCAUCUCCUCGUUUUCCCCAUUGUCCUUUGCCCUUCCCCUCUCAUCUCCUCGUUUUCCCCAUGUCCUUUGCCCUUCCCCUCUCAUCUCCUCGUUUUCCCCAUGUCCUUUGCCCUUCCCCUCUCAUCUCCUCGUUUUCCCCUUGUCCUUUGCCCUUCCCCUCUCAUCUCCUCGUUUUCCCCAUGUCCUUUGCCCUUCCCCUCUCAUCUCCUCGUUUUCCCCUUGUCCUUUGCCCUUCCCCUCUCAUCUCCUCGUUUUCCCCAUGUCCUUUGCCCUUCCCCUCUCAUCUCCUCGUUUCCCCAUGUCCUUUUCCCUUCCCCUCUCAUCUCCUCGUUUUCCCCAUGUCCUUUGCCCUUCCCCUCUCAUCUCCUCGUUUUCCCCUUGUCCUUUGCCCUUCCCCUCUCAUCUCCUCGUUUUCCCCUUGUCCUUUGCCCUUCCCCUCUCAUCUCCUCGUUUUCCCCUUGUCCUUUGCCCUUCCCCUCUCAUCUCCUCGUUUUCCCCUUGUCCUUUGCCCUUCCCUCUCAUCUCCUCGUUUUCCCCUUGUCCUUUGCCCUUCCGCUCUCAUCUCCUCGUUUUCCCCUUGUCCUUUGCCCUUCCCCUCUCAUCUCCUCGUUUUCCCCUUGUCCUUUGCCCUUCCCCUCUCAUCUCCUCGUUUUCCCCUUGUCCUUUGCCUUUCCCCUCUCAUCUCCUCGUUUUCCCCUUGUCCUUUGCCCUUCCCCUCUCAUCUCCUCGUUUUCCCCUUGUCCUUUGCCCUUCCCCUCUCAUCUCCUCGUUUUCCCCUUGUCCUUUGCCCUUCCCCUCUCAUCUCCUCGUUUUCCCCUUGUCCUUUGCCCUUCCCCUCUCAUCUCCUCGUUUUCCCCUUGUCCUUUGCCCUUCCCCUCUCAUCUCCUCGUUUUCCCCAUGUCCUUUGCCCUUCCCCUCUCAUCUCCUCGUUUUCCCCUUGUCCUUUGCCCUUCCCCUCUCAUCUCCUCGUUUUCCCCUUGUCCUUUGCCCUUCCCCUCUCAUCUCCUCGUUUUCCCCUUGUCCUUUGCCCUUCCCCUCUCAUCUCCUCGUUUUCCCCUUGUCCUUUGCCCUUCCCCUCUCAUCUCCUCGUUUUCCCCUUGUCCUUUGCCCUUCCCCUCUCAUCUCCUCGUUUUCCCCUUGUCCUUUGCCCUUCCCUCUCAUCUCCUCGUUUUCCCCCUUGUCCUUUGCCCUUCCGCUCUCAUCUCCUCGUUUUCCCCUUGUCCUUUGCCCUUCCCCUCUCAUCUCCUCGUUUUCCCCUUGUCCUUUGCCCUUCCCCUCUCAUCUCCUCGUUUUCCCCUUGUCCUUUGCCUUUCCCCUCUCAUCUCCUCGUUUUCCCCUUGUCCUUUGCCCUUCCCCUCUCAUCUCCUCGUUUUCCCCUUGUCCUUUGCCCUUCCCCUCUCAUCUCCUCGUUUUCCCCUUGUCCUUUGCCCUUCCCCUCUCAUCUCCUCGUUUUCCCCUUGUCCUUUGCCCUUCCCCUCUCAUCUCCUCGUUUUCCCCUUGUCCUUUGCCCUUCCCCUCUCAUCUCCUCGUUUUCCCCAUGUCCUUUGCCCUUCCCCUCUCAUCUCCUCGUUUUCCCCAUGUCCUUUGCCCUUCCCCUCUCAUCUCCUCGUUUUCCCCAUGUCCUUUGCCCUUCCCCUCUCAUCUCCUCGUUUUCCCCAUGUCCUUUGCCCUUCCCCUCUCAUCUCCUCGUUUUCCCCUUGUCCUUUGCCCUUCCCCUCUCAUCUCCUCGUUUUCCCCAUGUCCUUUGCCCUUCCCCUCUCAUCUCCUCGUUUUCCCCUUGUCCUUUGCCCUUCCCCUCUCAUCUCCUCGUUUUCCCCUUGUCCUUUGCCCUUCCCCUCUCAUCUCCUCGUUUUCCCCUUGUCCUUUGCCCUUCCCCUCUCAUCUCCUCGUUUUCCCCUUGUCCUUUGCCCUUCCCCUCUCAUCUCCUCGUUUUCCCCUUGUCCUUUGCCCUUCCCCUCUCAUCUCCUCGUUUUCCCCAUGUCCUUUGCCCUUCCCCUCUCAUCUCCUCGUUUUUCCCCAUGUCCUUUGCCCUUCCCCUCUCAUCUCCUCGUUUUCCCCAUGUCCUUUGCCCUUCCCCUCUCAUCUCCUCGUUUUCCCCAUGUCCUUUGCCCUUCCCCUCUCAUCUCCUCGUUUUCCCCUUGUCCUUUGCCCUUCCCCUCUCAUCUCCUCGUUUUCCCCAUGUCCUUUGCCCUUCCCCUCUCAUCUCCUCGUUUUCCCCUUGUCCUUUGCCCUUCCCCUCUCAUCUCCUCGUUUUCCCCUUGUCCUUUGCCCUUCCCCUCUCAUCUCCUCGUUUUCCCCAUGUCCUUUGCCCUUCCCCUCUCAUCUCCUCGUUUUCCCCAUGUCCUUUGCCCUUCCCUCUCAUCUCCUCGUUUUCCCCUUGUCCUUUGCCCUUCCGCUCUCAUCUCCUCGUUUUCCCCUUGUCCUUUGCCCUUCCCCUCUCAUCUCCUCGUUUUCCCCUUGUCCUUUGCCCUUCCCCUCUCAUCUCCUCGUUUUUCCCCUUGUCCUUUGCCCUUCCCCUCUCAUCUCCUCGUUUUCCCCUUGUCCUUUGCCCUUCCCCUCUCAUCUCCUCGUUUUCCCCUUGUCCUUUGCCCUUCCCCUCUCAUCUCCUCGUUUUCCCCAUGUCCUUUGCCCUUCCCCUCUCAUCUCCUCGUUUUCCCCAUGUCCUUUGCCCUUCCCCUCUCAUCUCCUCGUUUUCCCCAUGUCCUUUGCCCUUCCCCUCUCAUCUCCUCGUUUUCCCCAUGUCCUUUGCCCUUCCCCUCUCAUCUCCUCGUUUUCCCCUUGUCCUUUGCCCUUCCCCUCUCAUCUCCUCGUUUUCCCCAUGUCCUUUGCCCUUCCCCUCUCAUCUCCUCGUUUUCCCCUUGUCCUUUGCCCUUCCCCUCUCAUCUCCUCGUUUUCCCCUUGUCCUUUGCCCUUCCCCUCUCAUCUCCUCGUUUUCCCCAUGUCCUUUGCCCUUCCCCUCUCAUCUCCUCGUUUUCCCCUUGUCCUUUGCCCUUCCCCUCUCAUCUCCUCGUUUUCCCCUUGUCCUUUGCCCUUCCCCUCUCAUCUCCUCGUUUUCCCCUUGUCCUUUGCCCUUCCCCUCUCAUCUCCUCGUUUUCCCCAUGUCCUUUGCCCUUCCCCUCUCAUCUCCUCGUUUUCCCCCAUGUCCUUUGCCCUUCCCCUCUCAUCUCCUCGUUUUCCCCAUGUCCUUUGCCCUUCCCCUCUCAUCUCCUCGUUUUCCCCUUGUCCUUUGCCCUUCCCCUCUCAUCUCCUCGUUUUCCCCUUGUCCUUUGCCCUUCCCCUCUCAUCUCCUCGUUUUCCCCUUGUCCUUUGCCCUUCCCCUCUCAUCUCCUCGUUUUCCCCUUGUCCUUUGCCCUUCCCCUCUCAUCUCCUCGUUUUCCCCUUGUCCUUUGCCCUUCCCCUCUCAUCUCCUCGUUUUCCCCUUGUCCUUUGCCCUUCCCCUCUCAUCUCCUCGUUUUCCCCAUGUCCUUUGCCCUUCCCCUCUCAUCUCCUCGUUUUCCCCUUGUCCUUUGCCCUUCCCCUCUCAUCUCCUCGUUUUCCCCUUGUCCUUUGCCCUUCCCCUCUCAUCUCCUCGUUUUCCCCUUGUCCUUUGCCCUUCCCCUCUCAUCUCCUCGUUUUCCCCUUGUCCUUUGCCCUUCCCCUCUCAUCUCCUCGUUUUCCCCUUGUCCUUUGCCCUUCCCUCUCAUCUCCUCGUUUUCCCCUUGUCCUUUGCCCUUCCCUCUCAUCUCCUCGUUUUCCCCUUGUCCUUUGCCCUUCCGCUCUCAUCUCCUCGUUUUCCCCUUGUCCUUUGCCCUUCCCCUCUCAUCUCCUCGUUUUCCCCUUGUCCUUUGCCCUUCCCCUCUCAUCUCCUCGUUUUCCCCUUGUCCUUUGCCUUUCCCCUCUCAUCUCCUCGUUUUCCCCUUGUCCUUUGCCCUUCCCCUCUCAUCUCCUCGUUUUCCCCUUGUCCUUUGCCCUUCCCCUCUCAUCUCCUCGUUUUCCCCUUGUCCUUUGCCCUUCCCCUCUCAUCUCCUCGUUUUCCCCUUGUCCUUUGCCCUUCCCCUCUCAUCUCCUCGUUUUCCCCUUGUCCUUUGCCCUUCCCCUCUCAUCUCCUCGUUUUCCCCAUGUCCUUUGCCCUUCCCCUCUCAUCUCCUCGUUUUCCCCAUGUCCCUUUGCCCUUCCCCUCUCAUCUCCUCGUUUUCCCCAUGUCCUUUGCCCUUCCCCUCUCAUCUCCUCGUUUUCCCCAUGUCCUUUGCCCUUCCCCUCUCAUCUCCUCGUUUUCCCCUUGUCCUUUGCCCUUCCCCUCUCAUCUCCUCGUUUUCCCCAUGUCCUUUGCCCUUCCCCUCUCAUCUCCUCGUUUUCCCCUUGUCCUUUGCCCUUCCCCUCUCAUCUCCUCGUUUUCCCCUGUCCUUUGCCCUUCCCCUCUCAUCUCCUCGUUUUCCCCCCUUGUCCUUUGCCCUUCCCCUCUCAUCUCCUCGUUUUCCCCUUGUCCUUUGCCCUUCCCCUCUCAUCUCCUCGUUUUCCCCUUGUCCUUUGCCCUUCCCCUCUCAUCUCCUCGUUUUCCCCAUGUCCUUUGCCCUUCCCCUCUCAUCUCCUCGUUUUCCCCAUGUCCUUUGCCCUUCCCCUCUCAUCUCCUCGUUUUCCCCAUGUCCUUUGCCCUUCCCCUCUCAUCUCCUCGUUUUCCCCAUGUCCUUUGCCCUUCCCCUCUCAUCUCCUCGUUUUCCCCUUGUCCUUUGCCCUUCCCCUCUCAUCUCCUCGUUUUCCCCAUGUCCUUUGCCCUUCCCCUCUCAUCUCCUCGUUUUCCCCUUGUCCUUUGCCCUUCCCCUCUCAUCUCCUCGUUUUCCCCUUGUCCUUUGCCCUUCCCCUCUCAUCUCCUCGUUUUCCCCAUGUCCUUUGCCCUUCCCCUCUCAUCUCCUCGUUUUCCCCUUGUCCUUUGCCCUUCCCCUCUCAUCUCCUCGUUUUCCCCUUGUCCUUUGCCCUUCCCCUCUCAUCUCCUCGUUUUCCCCCUUGUCCUUUGCCCUUCCCCUCUCAUCUCCUCGUUUUCCCCAUGUCCUUUGCCCUUCCCCUCUCAUCUCCUCGUUUUCCCCAUGUCCUUUGCCCUUCCCCUCUCAUCUCCUCGUUUUCCCCAUGUCCUUUGCCCUUCCCCUCUCAUCUCCUCGUUUUCCCCUUGUCCUUUGCCCUUCCCCUCUCAUCUCCUCGUUUUCCCCCUUUCCUUUGCCCUUCCCCUCUCAUCUCCUCGUUUUCCCCUUGUCCUUUGCCCUUCCCCUCUCAUCUCCUCGUUUUCCCCUUGUCCUUUGCCCUUCCCCUCUCAUCUCCUCGUUUUCCCCCUUGUCCUUUGCCCUUCCCCUCUCAUCUCCUCGUUUUCCCCUUGUCCUUUGCCCUUCCCCUCUCAUCUCCUCGUUUUCCCCUUGUCCUUUGCCCUUCCCCUCUCAUCUCCUCGUUUUCCCCUUGUCCUUUGCCCUUCCCCUCUCAUCUCCUCGUUUUCCCCUUGUCCUUUGCCCUUCCCCUCUCAUCUCCUCGUUUUCCCCAUGUCCUUUGCCCUUCCCCUCUCAUCUCCUCGUUUUCCCCUUGUCCUUUGCCCUUCCCCUCUCAUCUCCUCGUUUUCCCCUUGUCCUUUGCCCUUCCCCUCUCAUCUCCUCGUUUUCCCCAUGUCCUUUGCCCUUCCCCUCUCAUCUCCUCGUUUUCCCCAUGUCCUUUGCCCUUCCCCUCUCAUCUCCUCGUUUUCCCCAUGUCCUUUGCCCUUCCCCUCUCAUCUCCUCGUUUUCCCCAUGUCCUUUGCCCUUCCCCUCUCAUCUCCUCGUUUUCCCCAUGUCCUUUGCCCUUCCCCUCUCAUCUCCUCGUUUUCCCCUUGUCCUUUGCCCUUCCCCUCUCAUCUCCUCGUUUUCCCCAUGUCCUUUGCCCUUCCCCUCUCAUCUCCUCGUUUUCCCCUUGUCCUUUGCCCUUCCCCUCUCAUCUCCUCGUUUUCCCCUUUGCCAGUGACGGAGUACGGGUUGUCAAAGAUAAAGCGCGCCACAAAGAACCUCACCACGCUCUACGGCAAGGGCAGCUUCGGCUCCGUUGCCAGUGACGGAGACUUCCUGCCCGACCGUGCCAACCCGCAUGCCAUCAUCAAGAGGGCGCACGACCCUGAGAGUGCGUUUCUGCAGCUUGAGGCUUCCUGUCAGACCACGCCACUCGCAGUCACCGUCCCACCAUCCCUUCCCAACCCCACCCCCCCAUUGCCUGCCACCGCAGAGAUGAAAAUGAGCGAGGAGCAGUUUAAGGAGAAGGUGGACGAGCUGGCGAGGGUUAUGCACCGGUCAUAUGCACCAUCCCACCGCUCCCCUCCCCCCCAUUCCCUCCCCCCCCCCGUUGUCUCCCCCAUUGCCUUGUACCACAGAGAUGAGCGAGGAGCAGUUCAGAGAAAAGGUGGACGAGCUGGCGAGGGCGAGGCACCGAUGAGCGAGGAGCAGUUUAAGGAGAAGGUGGACGAGCUGGCGAGGGCGAGACACCGGUGUCUGGUGGCGCUGCUGGGGUACUGCAUGGGCAAGACAGAGCGCAUGCUCGUCUUUGAAUACAUGCCCUAUGGCACUCUCUUUGACCGCCUCCACCGGUCGAACCUGGACCCCAUGCCGUGGGAUGCAAGGGUGCGGGUGGCGGUGAACGUGGCGUCAGCGCUGGCCUAUCUGCACCACGGCGUGGACCCGCCUCUCACCCACCGCGCUGUCACCUCCUCUAACGUGCUGCUUGGCGCUGACAUGACUGCCAAGCUCUCCGACUACGGGCUGGCGCGGGGCUGUGCAGCGCAGGCAGCAGACGACCUGGCGCGGCGGCGCCGGGCCCACCGCAGCUCGCGCAGCCGCGGCACGAGCAUCGGCAGCACGGGCCAGCUCGACAGCCUCCAAGGCGGCAGCAGCGCUGGCAGCAGCGCCGGCAGCAGUGGCGACUUGCUGGGCGGCGUGGGCGGGCGGUCGUUUGGGAGUGGGAGGCGGCGGGGUGGAGGGGGGGAGAGUGGGAACGACACCGAUGGGGAGGCUGUGCUGUCGCGGGAGAGCACGCCGCACUUCGCGAGGGAGAGGGAGAGCACGCCGAUUUUUUCAAGGGAGAACAAGAUUUCGAGCAUGGAUGAGAGGAAGGCGGAUGUGUAUGGGUUCGGAGUGGUGCUGCUGGACGUGAUCAGAAUAAGCGACCUUCAUCUCUCACCUUCUCUCCCUCGCCCCAUUCUCCCCGCGUCCCCUCGUUUCACUCGUCUCCCUCUAUCUCCUGACAUACAUCAGGCGGCGCCCUUCCUGGAGGACGAUCAGAUGAUGCCCCUCAUGGCUGACAGCGCCCUCGCAGGUGUGCUCCCAUGCUCCCCUGCUCCCAUGCUAUUGUGCUCUCAUGCUCCCUUGCUCCCAUACCCUUUGCUCUCACGCUCCCUUGCUCCCAUGCCCUUUGCUCUCACGCUCCCUUGCUCCCAUGCCCUUUGCUCUCACGCUCCCUUGCUCCCAUGCUAUUGUGCUCUCAUGCUCCCUUGCUCCCAUACCCUUUGCUCUCACGCUCCCUUGCUCCCAUGCCCUUUGCUCUCACGCUCCCUUGCUCCCAUGCCCUUUGCUCUCACGCUCCCUUGCUCCCAUGCCCUUUUCUCUCACGCUCCCUUGCUCCCAUGCCCUUUGCUCUCACGCUCCCUUGCUCCCAUGCCCUUUGCUCUCACGCUCCCUUGCUCCGAUGCCCUUAUGCUCCCAAACUCUUUUGCUCCCAUGCUUCCUUAUUCCCGUGCUUCCAUACGCUACUUCAACCAGGACGAGCGCAUCUCGCUCGCCUCCAUUGCCCGUGACUGCGUGCACCAGGCGCCUUCCCAGCGCCCCUCCAUGCUCGACGUCCUCACAGCCCUCGAGGACACUGUAGACGAGGACCUCCUCUCCUCCCUCCACGGCCCCUCCACCCGCCUCCUCUCGCCCGGCUCCACUGCCAGUGGCAUCACCAGCACCAGCAACGGGGACCGGUAUACUGCCCUGGCCAAUGACGGCGCUUUUGACGAUGCUGCCACGGGAGGGACGGGGACGGGGAUGGGGGGAGGGGGAGCGGGGAAACGGAGCGGUGGGUCGUCAUUCAUUGAUGCUAUCUCGGCGUCGUUCCGGAGGCGAGGGGGUGGGGGGGAGAAGGGUGGGGGGAAAGGGGAGGGGAUGCAGAGGGGAUCGGGACAAGGCCCACCGUCGCCGAAUCGGUCGGGGAGGAGUGAUGCAUCGGAUAUAGAGAGCUCCUCGCUGCUCUAUAUCAAUCCCAAGGGUCACUGA